CGGAGAGCCCCGGGAUGGAGAGCCGAAAGGACAUGGUCAUGUUUCUGGAUGGGGGUCAGCUUGGCACUCUGGUUGGCAAGAGGGUCUCCAAUUUGUCCGAAGCCGUGGGCAGCCCGCUGCCUGAGCCGCCCGAGAAGAUGGUGCCCCACGGUUGCCUGAGCCCGCGAGGCGGCCCUCCGGCUGCCCAGGAGCGCGGAGGGGGAGGCUCGGAGGAGGAGCCGGUCGAUGGACUAUCGGGCAGCGCCGCGGGGCUGGGCGCCGAGCCUCGGGCAGCCGGCACGGCCCUGCUUGGCCCGGGCCCCCCUGCGGACAGCCUCUCCGGGCCCGGGCAACCCAGUAGCUCAGACACUGAGUCGGAUUUCUAUGAAGAAAUCGAGGUGAGCUGCACCCCGGACUGCGCCACCGGGAACGCCGAGUACCAGCACAGCAAAGGGCCCGGUUCCGAAGCGCUGGCCGGCAGUCCAAACGGCAGCAGCGAGACCCCUAAGAGCAACGGCGGCAGUGGCGGCGGGGGAGGUUCGCAAGGCACCUUGGCCUGCAGCGCCAGUGACCAGAUGCGGCGUUACCGUACCGCCUUCACCCGGGAGCAGAUCGCGCGGCUGGAGAAGGAAUUCUACCGGGAGAACUACGUGUCGAGGCCGCGAAGGUGUGAGCUGGCGGCAGCCCUAAACCUGCCGGAAACCACCAUCAAGGUGUGGUUCCAGAACCGGCGCAUGAAGGACAAGCGGCAGCGGCUGGCCAUGACGUGGCCGCAUCCAGCUGACCCCGCCUUCUACACGUACAUGAUGAGCCACGCGGCGGCCGCGGGCGGCCUGCCCUACCCCUUCCCGUCGCACUUGCCCCUGCCCUACUACUCGCCCAUGGGCCUGGGCGCCGCGUCCGCCGCCUCGGCCGCCGCCUCGCCCUUCAGCGGCCCGCUGCGCCCGCUCGACACGUUCCGCGUGCUCUCGCAGCCCUAUCCGCGGCCCGAACUGCUGUGCGCCUUCCGCCACCCGCCGCUGUACCCGGCGGGCCCGGCGCACGGACUGGGCACCUCGGCCGGCGGCCCCUGCUCCUGCCUUGCCUGCCACAACGGCCCCGCCAACGGGCUGGCGCCCCGGGCCGCCGCCGCCUCGGACUUCACUUGUGCCUCCACCUCGCGCUCGGACUCCUUCCUCACCUUUGCUCCCUCUGUGCUCAGCAAGGCCUCCUCCGUCGCGUUGGACCAGAGGGAGGAGGUUCCCCUCACCAGAUAAGGAGCCGCCCGCGGGCUGCCGGCUCCAGGAUGCCCCUGGGGGCCACCCCCCCGGGACUCAGCCAAGGCCCCUCCUGCCCCCAAGACACGGAGGGGAAAGGAGAAGGCCUCAAAGGACCAGCGGGACUCGGCCUCGAGGACAGGGAGGUCCCAGAAGCGAGCAGCAGUGGCUGGCAUUUGGGAGCAGGAGUGGGCAUGGGAAAGCUGAGGUCCAGAGAGAGCUUCCUUUGGGGUUCUAUUCACCGUUCUUCACCGGACCCACCACGCCUGACUCGGGUUGAGGCCAUGACCCCACAGAUAAACAAAACUUAGCAGCAAACAGCAACGCAUAUCCAGCCCCUUUGCCUGCCAUCCCCUCCCCUCACGCUGCUCACCUGGGCCCCCCUCUCCUGCAAAGGCCAAACACUGGAAAGGGAAAUUGCUGUGUCUCUGAACAAAAUGCUGUGUAUGCAGAGCAGGUAGAGAUUAAUCUUCACCAGCUUUUCCAAGGCAUGGCAAGGGGCUUGUGGAUGGCAACAUAUCAGCCCCCUUAGGGGAGAGACCAAGAUGAUUUACUGGCAGGGAGAAUUUUGCCCCUUGGCCAGGAACCCGGGGCUCUCUCACCUUCCUAGAACCCCAGUUGCUUAGCAUCUUCUGGUUCUGACAUCUACCUGAUUUUUUCCCUCACUCCAGCUUUGUGACAACUCUCAACUUGCUCUUCCAGCUCUCCUCCCUCCACUUUUUGUUUGACGUUGGCAGGGAAGCUGCAGCUGCCCCAGGGCCCCUUGGUAGAGGCCAAGUCUCUCCUCCCAGGACCGAGCACACACCCUGAUUAGCAAGUAAUGUGUGCAAGGAGGGCUUCUGAAUGUUGAAUGUAUGUAUGAUAAUGAUCACCAUGGGGCUGGCCACCAAACCCAGAGCCGAGCCGUUAACAAGGCACCCAGGGAAGAGCUUAGGGAGUCAGAAAUUCACCUUCCUCCCUCAGCAUCUGGUGGCAAACUAGAGGCUAUUUUCAUCUUUUUCCUGUUCACCUUCACAACACCAGGAGCUUUCUUCUGGCCCUUCCCUUUGCAUUUGGCAUUUUACAUCCUCCUCUCAUCUUCCUCUGAAGUUGCCACAGGGGCUUGACUUUUCAGAAACCCUAUGGGGUGGGGAGGGCCAUCUCUAUCCUUUGACAGGGUUUGUUUGGGAUCCAGUCUCACUCUCACUCCCAUACUCAUUCUUGUCACCAGUUUUUGAGGAAGAGGAGAACUUUUACCCCCAAUGCAAGCCUCAUCCCAACUGGGAGGGAGUGAUUCUUCCUGUAGGGAAUGAAUUUGGCUUGGUUUGGGGUUUUCCUUUGAAGCCCAAAGAAUUUGCUGUUAUGAUUUGUUAACCAUAUUGCAAUAAAAGCUGGACAUGAUUCUCAC